UCAAAUUAAAUUUGUUUGUAUACAUGUUACCGUCUUCCUGAAUUUUAUUUUAAACAUUCCUACGAAUUUUAAUGACUAUUUCAUUGAAUUCACUUGUAAAAAACAGCAACGUACCGAGCUAAGGUCAAUUCUCACAUCGCCAUAUCGAAGAACCGUCAAUAAUGGAUCCGUUAAUGUGUCGCCUCUGUCUUACGCCGAAUUCCGGUACGGUUGCCCUGUACAACCAACGCACAAUGGAACCGAACAUCCUGCUCAUUCAGAAGGUGGUCGAGUGUACCUCCAUUAAGUUAAACGUAACAGACGACUACCCGUCGUCGGUUUGUUCGGAUUGCAUUCAGAAACUAAACGAGUGGUCCACGUUCAAAAUUCAAUGUAUCGUCAACAAUGAUUUUUAUCGGAAGAAACAGGCCGAAUUGCGAAAACACAUGAUUAAUAUUAAUCAACAAGCAACGGAAGUCGUCUGUUUGGAUGACGAUAGCGACGAUGAGCUGCCACAUGCAAAGGAACCGCCUUCCAAAAAACCUAAGGUCGAGGAAGGCAUUCUGGUCGCCGAUGACGAUGAGAGAGAUGCUUGUGGAAAGGGUCAACUCGUUGCCAAUCAUGGAUCUGUCAAUCCUAUGUUCUACGGAGAAGAUUGCGGUCAACCGGGUAUGGACCCGUAUGACCAGGAUGAUGCAUCACUGGAUGACUACGAACUCGUUGAAGGGCAAGAAAUAGAGCAAUAUCCACUGGAACAGCAGUAUUCGAUGGACAGUACUGCGAUUCUUUCUUCGAUUCUACUGGACGAUGAAGAUAGCAGUGGUUCCCUGCAGGAGGCCGAGCCGGGUCUGUACGAGAAAGAUCUUUAUGGGUGCAACUAUUGCAAACGACGCUAUUCCUCCGAACGGAAGCUAAGGACACACGAGAAGUUACACGCCGAAAACCGUAUGAAAUGUCCCGUGUGCGGAAAAUGGAUCGUACUGCAGCUGGUGCGCCAUCUGCGGUCACAACACCCGGGACAAGUUUUCCCGGAACCGGUACGCUGCUGGCACAGUAAAUGCGUCCACUCGCCUGUCCUGUAUCGCGACGUCGAAGAACUGCUGGCACAUAUGGACACUAAACGGCGGAAGUAGAGCCGAGAGAGAGAGAGAGAGAAAAACUGUGCGCCCAGGUUUACACCCUGGUCUAAAUAGUAUUAUCUGCUGCAAUUACGAAUACUCGCGCUUAACCGGGUUCGGUUAUUGUGCAAUCCUUAUUUUUACAGACAUACGAACUGUAUAACUACGUUUAAAAGCUUGUAAGACUAGCGAGAGUAAACAAUAAAAAUUAUAUAUUGACUAAUGA